CAUAUAAAACCCGUAAUACAGAAGCUAAUGUUUUGUUUGGUCAGACAUGGACAUAGUGGGUGGCACCUUCCGUAAGGCAAAUUGGUGGGGACAUGUGACCCUAGUUCGACCAAUCAGGCGCGCCGCUCGGUUUAACUAUGUUAAAUGUCAGAUUACUAUAAACUAGAAGCUCUUGGUCGGGCCCGCCGAAAUGGGCGAGCAUAAUCUUCUUAAUCCCGGGUUUGUGGGACCGUUGGUAAACAUCCACACGGGAGACACAUUUUACCUCCCCAAUUUUAGAGCAUCCGGGGGACAACUGGCGGGUCUACCCUCUCUCUCUUACCCAAGAAGGGACAAUGUAUGCUCCCUUCCUUGGACCGCGUCGGAGCCGUGCAAUGGAUAUCCUCAACCCUACUUUAGCAGUGCCAUGUCCAUUAACCCCUCUUUCAACCGUGCAUGCGAAAUCACCAGGCAAGAUGAAGGCAAAUGUUUUUACAGCAACGGUGGCGGCAACAGGGAACCCUGCGCUGAAAGCGCAAACCUCAAACGUGUAGAGAGGGCAAGAGGAGACUCCUCUUCCUCCAUAACAACGGAGCAUGGACUGCACAACGGGAUUGGCAACAACGGUACAUAUUCCAAGUACGACUAUGGCGUGGAGCAGUUGACCCAUGAUCCGCCAUCCUGUCAAUCCCUAGAAUCUGACUCCAGUUCAUCGCUGCUCAAUGAAGGGAGCAAAGCCUCUACAGGCAUCGCUCAGGCGUUGACAUCCCCUGGCAAUCACGCACCAAGCACAGCAGCGGGCGGAGGCGCCCCGUGGUACCCAAUGCACACCCGAACCCGAAAGAAACGUAAACCCUACUCCAAACUCCAGCUGGCGGAGCUGGAAGGCGAGUUCAUGCUCAAUGAGUUCAUCACCAGACAGCGGCGGAGGGAACUCUCUGACCGCCUGAACCUCAGCGACCAACAGGUUAAGAUAUGGUUCCAGAACCGGCGGAUGAAGAAGAAGAGAUUGAUGCUUAGGGAGCAGGCCUUGUCCUUCUUCUAGGAGGGAGAGUGCGGGGAGAGAGAUAUUUUAGAGAGGAAUAUAGGCAUGCUGUAUUCUCAAUGA